AUGGAGCUCGCUCUUCCCGUCAAAAUCGAUACAGGAACCAAAAAGGAAUAUGCAUUUGAUAUACCUUCCAAAUGCAAAGCAAACGUGACCAAUCGGUGCAACCUCAAAGUUGUCAGAACAGUAUUUGACAAUCUAAACGAUUCACAUCAAGAUCGAUUUGCAAAGUCUUGCUUCCGGCCACUAAUAAAUAUUACCGAGAUCAUAUUGUCCUCCCAAAUAGUCCACCAAGUACUUCGUAGGACAUUGAAAGCAUCCGAAAAUGACAAAGAUGCCGUGUGGUUCAGAUUUGGGGAAAAAGAAGCUAGAUUCGGGUUACAAGAGUUUUCUCUUGUAACCGGAUUUAAGAUUGCGGCGGAUGAUGAAAAUGCGUACGAGGUCCCUAAAAAUAACAGUUCGCUUUUGCAACUGUUCAAGAAGAAGAAGGGGAAGAUCAAACGCAGUGACUUACUCGAGAAAUUUCUUACGUUGAAUAAAAAGAAAGACGCGGAGACGAAGUACAAAUUGGGACUCGUGAUUGUCUUGGAGCAUGUUGUUUUGUCUUCAGAGUGCGAGACUCUUGUAGAUGAAAGAUGGUUUAAUUUAGUUGCAGAUUUAAAAAAAUUCAACAGUUAUCCUUGGGGCAACUUGUCGUAUCAGCAGACUGUAAAGUUGUUCAAGCGGACCUCUUUCGGGAAGGGAAAAAAUCCAGAGUCCAUAAACUAUUCUUUGCAUGGAUUUCCCUUGGCUAUUAUGAUUUGGGCAUUUGAGGCGCUACCCGACUUAGGAAGAGAAUUUGCCCAAAUAAAUACUGGUGUCCAACUUCCAAGAAUGUACUGUUGGAAAAUGGAGAAACAGUUGCGAGGCGAGCUGCUUACUAGUUUUUUCGAGAGGGCGGAGAUUCAAGUUCGACGAACAUUGGAACCCUCUUCAUAUGAAUGUGAGUCUUCGUAUUUCAACGAAUUGGGUAUAAUUGUCGAGGAAGAAGAUAGUGGCCGUCAUGAUGAGGAUGAAGAAGGCACUGCGACCAAAGAUGAGGGAGAAGGCAGUGCAUCUUUUAAAGCUGAUGAUGAUGAUGAUGAUGUGGAUGAUGAGGAAGAAGAAGAAGAAGGAAAAGAAGAAGAAGAAGAAGAAGAAGAAGAAGAAGAAGAAGAAGAAGAAGAAGAAAAUGCGUCUCAACCUGAAGAUGCACCACAACCUCAUGUUUUGGUUGAAGAAAAGAUCACAAAUAUAGUGAGGAAAGUGGUGAAGGACGAGGUGAGAAAAGUGGUGAAGGAGGAGAUGAACAAUUUGUUUGAGAGAAUGAAGAAUGAGUUUUUUCAAGCAAAAGAUAAACCAUCUAGCCGUGCUACUUAUGAUGUGCCAAAUGAUGAUCUAUACACGAUGAAAUCACCAUCUCCGAUGUCCGAGCAAGAAAUGGCUGGACUUCAUGGAUUUGAUACGGGUUUUGUGACUGACCCGUCAUCAACCAUUGUUGUGUACCAAGAGAGACAACCGCCGACACCAAUCGAGAUAGAGGAAACCGUUGAAGAUCUUGAGUCUCCUAAAGGGAGAGGGCACCGGAAGAAAAGAAAGGCCGCCGUUCUAUGUACUCCGUGGAGGAAUAUUGAAAAAAGGAAAAAAUUUUCAACUGUGACGGAGUACGACCCUUAUAGGCCAGUGGAUCCAGCUAAACUUGAAGAUCUCCAAACGUGGUUGUCGAGCUACCCUGAAAGUGCUGAAGUUGAGUUGUCCUCUGGUGGUGGUCGAGCACGUAAACAUGUGGAUGAAGCGCUUUUUCACAUUCGAGAGCGUGGUAAACAGUUCCCUCUCUUGUUUAGACAAGAUUGUGCUGUCUUGGACACGUUUUUUGUCUCGUACGUGAGAAACUUCUUCAAAGACAUGUCGAAGACUAAAAAAUUUCCGAAGGCCUUGCGUAGUUACGCUGCAGGGGGGAUACCAAGUAAUGGAAAGCCGUGUGCUGGUUGUACGAAAUUGUAUGUUCCUUUCUGCAAAGAGGGCGGUGGCCACUGGAUCGCACUGGAGAUUGAUCUAUCCCAGAGAUGCAUUUACGUCUACGAUAGCGAAACAAGUGUCAUGCGGAGGGCAGAACUGGAGAGGCAACUUGAGCCCAUUCGAGUUGUCGUACCGAUGCUACUGGCGCAGCUGAAUGCCAAUUACAGUGGUGAAAAGUUUGAGUACAAACGGUUGACAUCUCCUGGCCAAAGCAAUGGGUUUGAUAGUGGGAUGUUUACUAUCAAGUUCAUAGAAUUUUUGCAUGCUGGGAAAAAUGUUGAAGGCGUCGAUCAAUCUCGGAUUAGUGAUUGGCGUGUUAAACUAGCGUCUGAAAUAUUUGGUGGUCAUUUUGAUCCAUAG